UCCAUAGUUUUCAGAGGAUAUAUUCUAUGCUUGAUGAUGUUCCAAGGAAGCUUACCCCAUUAAUUAAGCCCCUCUCCAACAAUAUUAAUUCAGACAACACAGUGAAAGAGUCCAUUUCUGCUCCUCUUUGUUUCUCUACUUCCCAUCUUUCUGCUCCUGGCUCUCUCCUUCUCUCAAGACUGAAGCACCAUGUUCUAUCUCAAAACCAUAACUAAAGUGCUGCUGUCUCUUCUCCUAACCCUCUUGACCCUUUUACUGAUACUACUCUCCUCAGUAAAUCCGAUCAAAAAGGAACCAAAGUCCAUCAAAAUCCCACCAUUGCACCUUCACAAACAUCUUCAGAUCGCCCAUUCAGCUUGUGAAGGUACCUUAUAUCCAGAACUCUGUGUGUCAACUGUCUCUUCUUUCCCCGACCUCGCUUCGAAAACAAUCCCAGACAUCAUCUCUGCUACAGUCCAGCACACAGUCAAUGAAGUCAGAACAUCUGCUUCUAACUGCACUGGCMUCCGAAUGAAGCGCAGAACACUCGACCCGCUUCAACAGAUGGCUCUGGAUGACUGUCUCGAACUUUUAGACGAGACUGUCGCUGAACUUAAAAGCGCUCUGUCCGAUCUGUCACCGAAAAACUCACCUUCGAGGCACUACAAUGAUUUGGGAACUCUGUUAAGUGCUGCAAUGACGAAUGAAUACACCUGUCUUGAUGGAUUCGUUCACAGUAAGGGCAACGUAAGAGAAGAGAUCAAGCAAGGCUUGUACAACAUAAGCCACUCGGUCAGUAAUUCUCUCGCCAUGCUUAAGAAGAUCCCAAAGUCGAAUAGAAGCUCCAAGGCUGAGGUGUUCCCAGAGUAUGGCAGAAUGGUGGGUGGGUUCCCGAGAUGGGUAUCGCCUAGAGAUAGAAAGCUUCUGCAAGCAUCGACCAACACGACGAAGUUUGAUUUGGUGGUGGCUAAAGACGGAAGUGGCAACUUCACGACGAUCAGCGACGCGGUGGCUGCGGCCCCUAAUUCGACUACAACCAGGUUUGUGAUUUAUAUAAAGGCGGGGGCUUAUUUCGAAAAUGUGGACGUGGACAAGAAGAAAACGAUGCUGAUGUUCGUCGGAGAUGGGAUCGGAAAGACAGUGGUGAAGGCUAAUCGCAGCGUGGUUGAUGGUUGGACCACUUUCCGAUCUGCCACCGUCGCUGUGGUGGGUAAUGGAUUCAUUGCUCGAGAUAUGACCUUCGAGAACUCGGCUGGACCCAAUAAACAUCAAGCAGUAGCGCUAAGAAGUGGUUCAGAUCUUUCUGCAUUCUAUCGCUGUAGCUUCGUGGGUUACCAAGACACUCUCUAUGUACAUUCUCUACGACAAUUUUACAGAGACUGCGAUAUAUACGGGACGGUCGACUUCAUCUUCGGAAAUGCAGCUGUGGUUUUUCAGAAUUGCAAUCUGUAUGCUCGUCGCCCUAACGACAAUCAGAAGAACAUUUUCACUGCACAAGGACGACAAGAUCCAAACCAGAACACCGRCAUUUCCAUCCUCGACAGUAAAGUCACUGCUGCAUCCGAUCUCAUUCCGGUGAAAUCAUCGUUUAAGACAUAUCUUGGUAGGCCAUGGAAAGAAUACUCCAGGACAGUUUUUCUACGUUCCUUUCUGGAUGAUCUAAUUGACCCAGCUGGAUGGUUAGAGUGGUCGGGAGAUUUUGCACUGACCACCCUUUAUUACGGUGAGUACAUGAACAGAGGUCCUGGUGCAAAUACAUCUAGUAGGGUCUCAUGGCCUGGUUACAGAGUUAUCAACAGCUCUACAGAGGCAAGUCAGUUUACAGUGGCAUCUUUUAUACAAGGGAACGAGUGGUUAUCAUCUACUGGGGUACCGUAUUUCUCUGGUUUAGCUUAAACGAGCUAGAUGUCAAAAUUUCAGGACUUGGGCUUCCCUUGAAUGAGUGCAAUCUUGAAUCUUGUUCAGUUGAUAUUUGGACUUACAUGGACAAGAGGGUUAAGUCUUUUCCUCAAUAAAGUGAUGGUGGCGGAUUUAUCGACUUUUACUUUGAAAAGGAGUGGAGUAAGCUACUCUAUAUGACCUGCGAUCGAAAUUUUCAUUUUAGCAACUGUUCUAAGUUUUAUAUUGUUCAGUUCUUACUGGGUUUCCUUUUGUCUACUUGUUUUUCAUUGAACAAUAAUCCAGAUUAGAAUUUUGCGACCUUCUGUUUGUUGAUA